CUGACCACUACCACCCCGGAUGUUGCCUCGCACGCUACCAUGUCGUAGACACACACUAUCGCGCAUAGUCAACACAGUACGAAGAAGGGGGAUCAAGGUCCUUGCGUUGGAGUCCUCUGCAGACGAUACUUGCGCUGCUGUGUUGGACGACGAGAAGGUGCUGGCCAACGUCGUCAUUAAGCAGCAUGCAAUCAAUGCACAGUAUGGGGGUAUAUACCCGUACGCGGCCAUAGAGGCGCACCAGAAGAACAUGCCAUCAGCAAUACGAAGAGCUCUCUCUGAGUCUGGUGUAGGACUGUCGGAGCUCGACGGAAUAGCCAUUACUAGGGGACCAGGCAUGGGUGGCUGCCUCGGCGUCUGCACCAAUGCAGGGAAGGCCAUAGCAGCAGCGCUUGACAAGCCUAUAGUGGGCGUACACCACAUGCAAGCGCAUGCCCUCACUGCCCUCUUCACCAGCCCGAAGGACUCCCCUGUCAGAUUCCCAUUCCUCACGCUCCUUAUAUCUGGCGGCCACACUAUGAUUGUACUCGCCACCUCUUUGAGCUCCUUCCAAAUCCUCGCGGACACUAGGGACUCGGCAAUAGGCCGCGCCUUCGACAAGGUCGCGCGAAGUCUCGAGAUUGAGUCUGGCGACACCCACUUGGGCGCCGCUUUGGAGACUUUCUGUGCGGAAAAUUCGAAGGAGCCGUCUUCAAGCGGUCCUCCACUAAAAUUCUCUCGCUGCAUGCCCGGCAAGCUCGCCUUCUCAUAUGGUGGUCUUCACUCGCAAGUCGACCGCUAUCUGGAGAACCAUGGCGGGGUGCAAAAUCUCGACGUCGACCAUCGAAGGAUAAUGGCUCGCGCUUUCCAAGAAGCUGCCGCGGAACAGCUGGCAGAGAAGCUCAAGCUUGCGCUCGACCAAUGCUUGCGUCGGGGGAUACAAGUCGGGGACGUCGUGGCGAGCGGGGGCGUAGCAUCCAACACGUAUAUCAGACGGAAGCUUCACUCGUUGGUGAAGACGUACGACGGGGUCGCUCUUAACUUCCCACCACCUUCGCUUUGCACCGAUAACGCGGUCAUGAUAGGCUGGGCAUCCCUGCAUCGCUUCAGAGGAAAAGACUACGACGACUACUCGAUAAACCCCAUGUCCAAGUGGAGCAUCGAGGACCUUGCUCCCAAAGACUCUUCAGAGUCAAUACCAUGACACCAUUGAUUAUCGUAGAACCCCGCAUAUUCACUGUACAGCCUGACCCUAAUCACCUCUCUUUGCACGUACCUAUACAUAUACUUCUCCUCGUGCUUUGUCAACGUGCGCAAGGACUGCCGAGGUGCAUUUCUCGCGAGUCGCUGCCCUGCC